ACACACACACACACGCCUCUGGGGCAAGUGGGGCUUGAGUCUGGGCCUCCUGGCCCGGGGGUAGGGACACUACCAGCCAGUCAGAGCCUUGUGGAUGUUUGGAAAUGGAAGUGUUGGCGAUGCAGGAAGUGGAUAUGAGGAGCUGUUUACACAAAGCUCAUUAAGGAGCAGGAUUGAGUGAGAAGCGAAUCUGGUUGAUGUUCGAUAUCUGCCAGUGAGAGAGAGAUAAGGGGGAAAUGCCAGGUCACUGAGCGUUGGCCAAUUAGUGGGAGCAGGCUCCCUUGCUCAUUCAGACGUCAGGCAAGUUAUUUUUCCAAACAAAAAGUUUGGGUCAGCGUUGUGUUUGAAUGAGAGCCGCGGAGAGAGCGAGCAGGAUUAAGCAGCUCCUGAACCAGUGUGGGAGUGAGAGCAGGUUUUCCGCAAUACCCUGCAACCCAGAUACACACACAGAGAAAGGGAGAGAGAGAAACAAGCUGCCAGCAUGUGGAGGAGUCUGUAUCUCCUGGGCGCAGUGCUCUGUCUCACAGCCAGCAGCCCCAUAGAGAACAGGGCAGACCUGAGCCAAACAGCUCCCCGCUACCUGCUGGAGGAUGAGCCCCAGGCCGAGGACACAGCUGACUUCAGCAGCCUGCUGGCCAAGAUGAAAUCGGAGUUCCUCAAGUCCCUCAACUUGUCAGGCAGCCCCGGAGUGCCAGGGCACAGGCCACAGCCCCCUGAGUAUAUGCUGGACCUGUACAACAGGUUCGCCAACGACAGAACCGCCAUCCCUUCCUCCAACGUGGUCAGGAGCUUCAAGAAUGAAGACCUGUCACUCGGCAACCAAACUGAUGAUGUGAGGAUCCAUUCUCUGCUCUUCAAUGUGUCAGUUCCUCACCAUGAAGAAAUCACCAUGGCUGAACUCCGUCUCUUCACCCUGGUCGAUAUGGACCGGAGAAAAUACGAAGGAGUGGGCAGGAAAGUCACCAUUUAUGAAGUGAAUGGCCAGCACGAUGAAAGGACAGCAAAUGAUUCCAUUCUGUUGAAAUUAGCCGAAAGGCAAAUGUACAGCAGAGACAGUAGCUGGGAGACGUUUGAUGUGACUGAAGCGAUAAUGAGGUGGUCCAAGUUGGACAGUACCACUCACCGGCUUCAGGUGCACAUUGAAAACAUGGGAGGUGAAAAGGAUGACGAGGGAAGACUUGACAUUGACACGAAGCCAGAGACGAAUCACACGCCCUUGUUAAUUGUGUUCUCCGAUGACAGAAACAGCAUCAAAAAAGAGGCCAUUGAAGAGUUGGAGCAAAUGAUUGACCAUGAGAAGGAUGCGGCCUUUCAGAGCUUGAACAAUGAAAAUUUUGGCUUGAGCGAAGAAACGUUGCUGCAGAGGCAGUCAAACAUGCUCUAUGACACCUCCUCCAGGAUCAGGAGGAGCGCGAAAGGCAGCUACUGCAAAAGGAGUCCCCUCUAUGUCGAAUUUAAGGACAUUGGGUGGGAUUCCUGGAUUAUAGCCCCGUCAGGAUAUGAAGCGUAUGAGUGCAAAGGUUUCUGCUACUACCCACUGACAGAACAGGUCACCCCAACCAAGCAUGCCAUUGUUCAGACUCUGGUCAAUCUCCGUAACCCCAAAAUGGCAGCAAAAGCUUGUUGUGUCCCCACAAAACUGGACCCCAUCUCCAUCCUCUAUGUGGAUGAUGCAGGUGCGGUCACAUAUAAAUUCAAGUAUGAAGGUAUGGUAGUGGCUGAAUGUGGUUGCAGAUAGUACAACAGCAUGAAGACAAAGUAACUCUAAUAUAUAUGAAUGUCCAAAGUAUUUAAGAACUACGGUUGUAAAUGUGUAUAUUUUUUUUUAAUCUGCCUAUUUAAGAUGCUUAUUUAAGGACCCAUGUACAGCUAAAUUUGCGGUUUAUAAUGAAUCGUGUGUAAAUCACUUGUUUUAAGAGGUCACAGAAACUCGCUACAUUCCCAAAAAAAAGUUCUGGGAACAUUUUGGAGAUAAUUGGCAAAAACACACCCACAAAGAAGAUUGAGAUAUUUGUUCCCUUUCCUUCAAAGAGUGCAGCAGUAAUGAAAGUGAUGGAACCUCUUUGCCUUUGUUGCACAUUGGAGUUGGAAUGUCUGCACAUUGACAAAUACACAUAGACAUAGAUAGAACAUAGAACAUUACACCACAGUACAGGCCCUUCGGCCCUCGAUGUUGUGCCUACCUGUCAUACCGAUCUCAAGCCCAUCUAACCUACACUAUUCCAUGUACGUCCAUAUGCUUAUCCAAUGACGACUUAAAUGUACCUAAAGUUGGCGAAUCUACCACUGUUGCAGGCAACGCGUUCCAUUUCCUUACUACUCUCUGAGUAAAGAAACUACCUCUGACAUCUGUCCUAUAUCUUUCACCCCUCAAUUUAAAGCUAUGCCCCCUCGUGCUCGCCAUCACCAUCCUAGGAAAAAGGCUCUCCCUAUCCACCCUAUCUAACCCUCUGAUUAUUUUAUAUGUUUCAAUUAAGUCACCUCUCAACCUUCUUCUCUCUAAUGAAAACAGCCUCAAGUCCCUCAGCCUUUCCUUGUAAGACCUUCCCUCCAUACCAGGCAACAUCCUCGUAAAUCUCCUCUGCACCCUUUCUGAAGCUUCCACAUCCUUCUUAUAAUGCGGUGACCAGAACUGUACACAAUACUCCAAGUGCGGCCGCACCAGAGUUUUGUACAGCUUCACCAUAACCUCUUGGUUCUGGAACU